AUGGCAGCAUUCCUCAGGUCCAAGUGUUCGUCAGUUGGACGUGCUAUGAUGGGAAGCCUUGGAAACAAUCUGUACGGGGGCGCUAGCUCGUCUAUUGAAACAGUGGCAAGACCAUCUCGUUCUGAUGCUGUCUGCCAGCAAAUUAGAACAUUCAUCCAGAUGAGAACAAACCUCAAGGUGGUGGACAACUCGGGAGCCAAGCGGGUUAUGUGCAUACAGUCCCUUAGGGGGAAGAAAGGAGCGAGGCUCGGGGACAUGAUCAUCGGCUCUGUCAAGGAAGCGCAGCCUCGUGGUAAGGUCAAGAAAGGAGACGUGGUCUAUGGGGUGGUUGUCCGUGCUGCCAUGAAGAAGGGGCGCAGUGAUGGCAGCGAGGUCCAGUUCGACGACAAUGCGAUUGUCAUCGUGAACAACAAGGGUGAGCUGAUUGGCACCCGCGUCUUUGGUCCCGUCCCCCACGAGCUCAGAAAGAAGAAGCAUCUCAAGAUCCUGGCACCGGCUGAGCACAUAGUUUGA